AUGCAAGAAGUUAUAUUUCUUUGUGAAAUUAUUGAAAGAAAUGCUACUGGAACACCUCCAAAUUGUUCGAUAAAAUUUGGACAACUUUUCUAUAUUUACAAUCAUUAUUCUCAAAGUUUAGUUGGAAUGCUAAUUAGAGCUCGAAAAUAUGGUUUGGUGGAUUUUGAAGGUGAAAUGCUUUACCAAAAACAGGAUGACAACAAAGAAGUUAAACUUUUAAAAUCUGUGGAUGAAAUAAGAAAGAGCAUUGAAUACUCAGGAGAUCCUGUUAAUUGUAUUAAAAUAAAGGAUAAAUAA